GCCGCCGCCGCCGCCAUGCUCAGCGCCAGCCGCGCCGCCGCGCGCCUCCCCCGCCUCCUGCCGCGCGGCGGGCCCGGCCCCGCCGCUCCCGGCCUCGCGCAGACAUUCUGGAAUGGCCUCAGUCAAAAUGUUCUCAGAGCAGCAUCGAGCAGAAAAUAUGCCUCAGAGGCAAUCAAAGGUGCCGUUAUUGGAAUUGAUUUGGGUACGACAAACUCCUGUGUGGCAGUUAUGGAAGGAAAACAAGCUAAAGUGCUGGAAAACUCUGAAGGUGCCCGAACGACGCCUUCGGUGGUUGCGUUUACAGCUGAUGGGGAGCGCUUGGUCGGGAUGCCAGCGAAGCGGCAGGCGGUGACAAACCCGCAUAAUACCUUCUACGCUACCAAGCGUCUCAUCGGGCGGCGUUUUGAUGACGCUGAAGUGAAGAAGGAUAUUAAGAAUGUUCCAUUUAAAAUAGUCCGUGCCUCCAAUGGUGACGCCUGGGUAGAAGCUCAUGGGAAACUCUAUUCUCCAAGCCAGAUUGGUGCCUUUGUACUAAUGAAGAUGAAAGAAACAGCAGAAAACUACCUGGGACAUUCAGCAAAGAAUGCUGUGAUCACAGUCCCUGCUUACUUCAAUGAUUCUCAAAGACAGGCUACAAAAGAUGCUGGGCAGAUUGCUGGCUUGAAUGUUUUGAGAGUGAUUAAUGAACCAACAGCAGCUGCACUUGCCUAUGGUCUGGAUAAGUCUGAAGACAAAAUUAUUGCAGUCUAUGACUUGGGUGGUGGCACUUUUGAUAUUUCCAUUUUGGAAAUCCAGAAAGGAGUCUUUGAGGUGAAGUCCACCAAUGGUGACACCUUCUUAGGUGGAGAAGAUUUUGACCAGGCUCUACUACAGCAUAUUGUUAAAGAGUUCAAGAGAGAGACGGGUGUUGACCUGACUAAAGACAACAUGGCCCUUCAAAGGGUGAGGGAAGCAUCAGAGAAAGCAAAGUGCGAGCUUUCCUCGUCUGUGCAGACCGAUAUUAACUUGCCGUACCUUACUAUGGAUGCCUCCGGACCAAAGCAUUUGAACAUGAAGCUGAGUCGUUCGCAGUUCGAGGGCAUUGUAGCUGAUCUGAUCAGGCGGACAGUAGCGCCGUGCCAGAAAGCCAUGCAGGAUGCUGAAGUCGGCAAGAGUGAUAUUGGUGAAGUCAUCCUAGUUGGUGGUAUGACCAGAAUGCCAAAGGUGCAACAGACUGUACAGGAUUUGUUUGGCCGCGCUCCUAGCAAAGCAGUUAAUCCUGAUGAAGCCGUUGCUAUUGGUGCAGCUAUCCAAGGUGGUGUCUUAGCUGGUGAUGUUACUGAUGUGCUGCUGCUGGAUGUAACUCCCCUCUCCUUGGGAAUUGAGACACUGGGAGGCGUCUUCACAAAGCUCAUCAACAGGAAUACUACUAUUCCAACUAAGAAGAGUCAGGUAUUUUCUACAGCUGCUGAUGGACAGACUCAAGUGGAGAUUAAAGUAUGCCAGGGGGAGAGAGAGAUGGCUAGUGACAACAAACUUCUUGGCCAGUUCACAUUGGUUGGAAUUCCUCCAGCACCACGUGGAGUGCCCCAGAUUGAGGUCACGUUUGACAUUGAUGCUAAUGGUAUCGUUCACGUUUCAGCGAAGGAUAAAGGCACUGGGCGUGAACAGCAGAUUGUUAUCCAGUCUUCCGGUGGCCUUAGCAAAGAUGAAAUUGAGAACAUGGUGAAGAAUGCAGAGAAAUACGCAGAGGAGGACAGACGAAGAAAGGAACGUGUGGAAGCUGUAAACAUGGCUGAAGGCAUCAUCCAUGAUACAGAAUCGAAGAUGGAGGAGUUCAAGGAUCAGCUGCCAGCGGAUGAGUGCAACAAAUUGAAGGAAGAAAUUGCUAAAAUGAGGGAACUUCUGGCUCGUAAAGAUACUGAAACAGGAGAAAACAUCAGGCAGGCAGCAACCAGCCUGCAGCAGGCUUCCCUGAAACUCUUUGAAAUGGCGUACAAGAAGAUGGCCUCAGAACGAGAGGGUUCUGGAAGUCCAGGAGAUCAGAAAGAAGAGAAGCAAUAAGAAGUCUGUCUUGCCUAGACUGGAGUAUGAAGAGGAGGAUGUUCUUGACGCUUGGGAGAGAAGGGACCUUCCUGAGCAGAAAUGAGCAGAAUUCAGACUUACUGUGUUUUUGCAGUACUCUAUAUAUAAAUUUCUUUAAUGUAUAAACUUAGUGAUGUGUCUGCUAGAUAAAUUGUCACUUGAUGAAAGUUAAUUCAUGCAAGACAGUUCUAAGUUUUUGGCCCUUCGGUAUUCAACCAAGGCACCUGGGACUCGCUGAUCAUUUAUUUCUGAUACGACACAAUGGUGUACUAAAUUUAAUGUCGGAGUUUGGAAACCAUGUUGCUGAAUCUAAGGAUGGAGAUGGAAGUCCUGGAGAGGAGUAACACCAGUGUAGAUCCUCCUUGUGGAGCUUACUACCUUUGAACAGGUUACGGGCCCCGUGUACCGCAAAGACACGGCUGGCUAUGUGGCUAGAGAACAUUGAGAUCUGCAGUUAACUUAGUACCUGUGUUCUGAAGGAGAUGGGUUACUUCAAAUUUAGCUGUAACAUUAUUUCUUACCAAAAAAGGCUAUGUGGAAGUUACGUACUUUGCUUGUCUGAGCCUUCUGCUCCAUCCUGUGUCUGUUCUCUGCUUGUGGCAAAACAAUUUCCUUGAUAAUAAAACUGUUAUUGGAUCCA